AUGAUCCAGGAGUCCCCAUGCGUGCCACGGCAUCCACACAGAAAUGGUGUGCACACACACUUAAGAUAUUAUUUAACAGUGCCUUACACUUACUGCUUCCUGGAUUGUACUGCAGAGGUCAUUUCAUUUGCAUCACAUGCCCUGGCUGUGCCAAGACAGAUAUGCCAUAAACAUUAAAAAAAUAUAUAUAAGCCCAGUCAAUAGCUAAUAUUUCACAAGGUUUUGGGUUGUGAAAAACUAUUUAUGUCAACAGUUCCUCUUUAAACAAAUAACAGUUACAUCCUACACCUACAUCCUACAGCUAGGAAUUUCUAACAAAUACAUGAAUGUCAAAUGUAUCUUUUUUUAUUUUUAAUUAAUAGAAUGUUUUUUAUUUACAGUUAAGCACUAUGUUUGAGUAUAGAUGUUUAAUUAAUAUUUUCAUAUAUCUUGCCAAAAAAAAGAAGUAAAAUGCAAACUACUGUGUGACACUUGAAGUGUUUCAUAAUGAAUGCCUUCCAUCUUGGUAGUGGCAAGCAAGCAGCAGGUCUUCCAUCUUUGUAGUGGCAAGAAGGCCGGAGGUCUUCCAUCUUGGUUGUGGCAGACAGAGCAGCCCUCACAGGUGGAAGUGAUUUAAUUAAUUACUAAAGAAAGCCAUUCUGGAAGACUAUUUCCUGGUGAGUAGAUGUGUUAAAGAAACAGGUAAUUAGUUUAAAUUCUUACACCUUAAAUAUAUGAAUAAUCAAGUAAUGUUAUUUCAAUUGUUAUAUAUUUACAGCAAUGUAGCAUGUUUCUGAAUAAUGGCUACAAUACACACAAAUAUCGUUAGAUUAUAUUGUAUUACAUUUUUAUUUAUAUGUUAUGUGUUUUGUUUUCAUUUCAAUGUUUUGUUGUAUUUUAGUUGUAGGGGGGAGGGAGGGAAAAGGGGGAUGCAGGUGGCAAAAGUCUAAUUUAUUUUAGUUCUGAUUAUUUUAUAGUGCCAUAAAUGUAACUAUAUAAAGGAGUUUAUCAGUCUAACCAAAGAAUUGUGGAGAUUUCACAGGGCAAAUGCAAAAUUAGGACUAAAAUAGCAGAUUUUGAAAAAUUAUCCAACUCUGCUAUUUUUGCCUAAAACCUGCAUCUUUUUUAAUUUUCCACAUUUCCAAGUUAGUGAAUACUCCAGCAGAGUUUCUGGCAAAGAUUAUAGUUCUGUUUCAGCAUGAACAGUUCAAACGCUGCAUGAAAUGAGCCUUUAUAUAUCAAUUUCCACUGCAUUCGACCCCACGUAAGGUAGUUUUAAUAUAGGGAAUAUUCAUAAAACUGUUAAUCCAAUUGGUAAAAUAAUCAAGCUGCCACUGUACCGGAGUUGGAACAUGUUUACAGCGAGGAUAUUUGUGCAUUAUGUCCAGACUUAGGUUUGUGGAGUUGAAAGUCAGUGUCUUGCUUUCUAAUUUAAAAUGGAAUUUUUUUUUAUGCAAAAAAUAAAUUAAUUAAUAAUAAAUAAAUAAAAGGCUAGAGGAUCGUUGGAGUUGUAGUUUAGGAAUAUCUGAGGCCUGGCGUUUGAGCCUCCUGCCUCAGUCUACUUGGAGAGAAUAGGAUUCUGGCUCACGAGAGGAUAUGUCAUUUUGGUGCGGCUGUCUUUGAAGUCCAUGGCAACUGACUGUGACCAACACUGGACCUGGUUAUGGGUAAUAUUGCAAUUUUUAUGAUAACUGGCAAUAUAUUAAUUUUCCUGACCUUCUGUUAUCAUAAUAUAAAGUAUAUGGAUCCAUUAGGGAGGAGAAAACACACACAGACACACACCAUCUCUCUUUCUCUUUAUAUUAUAUUAAAUUUUGAUUUCUCCCUACUUCUAGUCCUGUAAAUAUUCCUUUUCAUUUUCUUUCUCUAAUCUGUAUGGCAGCCUAGGAUAAGCUCUGGAGCAGUAUAAAACAUUUACAUUUGGCACUUACACCUUAUUUUUAAUUCAGUAUUACACUAUUCGUGCUCUUUUAUCUAUUCUUUAUAUGUGGAUUUGUUUGUGAUACCCACAAUGGCAGCUACAACAUAUUUAGUCACUGGACACCCCUUACUAAGAGCUGAAUUUACAGGCUCAGAUAUGGGUACAUGUGCCCUUUAAAUAAGAAGCACUUUUCAUGCAAGGUUGGAUCACGAUUUCCCUAUUUUUUCAUCAUUUGUGGGUGCUGAAUAUAUACUACAGAAGGGAAGGUUUCCACCUCUUAAAGGACUAGAGCCAAUCAUUUGUCUUGUGAUGUGUAGGUGACUGAGUUAUAACAAGUGUCACAUUCUCACACUGUUAACGGAUGGAGUAUAUCAGAGUGUAAUAAUGUAUAUCUAGAUUUAGUGAAUAAAGCUAUUGGAGUUUUAUUCGCUAAAGCUCCAUUGACACCAACUAGACAGGCCAUAACCAACUGGUUGCGUACAAGGCUAUUUGGGCUGGACAAUCCAGACAUUGUUCCCACUAUUUAACAAUAUCCAGAUUUUGCAAUUCUGGAUACAAACUAACCAGAAUUGUUUCUGGGUUUCAGCCUGUCUGAAUGCUGCUGAACCGGUGAAAUUCUGGCCUGGAUUUUAAAUGUCCAAACUAUUUAGCCACUGACUACACUAGGAGCCAGCUGGCAAAUAGUCCUGAUCAUUAUGGUCUGCUAGGAAUAAAAGCAAACAAAUAAUAUACAAAGGUGCAUCUUACUGGUUGUGUGAUACACAUUUCUUUCAUAUUUUAUAUGGAAAAAUUUAGAUCAAAGGUGAUAUAAGUAAAAUGAGAUCACAAAGUCCAAAUAUAUUUAUAGAUGGUUUUGGUUGGAUAUGUAAAGUACUAAAGCGUAUACAAUUGGAUUUUAAAAAUCUGUAUGAAAGUCUCUCACUGUUUUUCUCAUUCUUGUAGUCAUGUUGUCUCGUCAACGAUCAACUUGCUUCCUUUUAGACCCUCCUCGUGUACAAGGGUCAGACUUUGUCGAGAUGCUUCGCCUCAUUGAUUACCCAGGAGCUAGUGGCCUUAAGGGGGAGGAUUUUGACUGGCUUUCUGAAGGCAAUGAAGAAGCGGAGAUGUUUCUGGGCUGGCUUUGUGGGAUGGUGGAUCAGCGCAAUGUUCUAAAUGAUGAACAGCUGGAGGCACAUAAUGCUCUUUUAGCUUCGGGUAAACCUCUCUUAGAAACAGAAGAGUUGCAGAAACUGUGCAGAACAGAUGGUGGUGACGGUGAAGAUGUUGAUAUGGGAUUUGAACCAGAAGGGCAUAAAGCUUUAAAUGAACUGGAAGCAGAAGUUAAAACCUUGAAGACCUUGAGGUCCCAUAGGCUGCGCACCCGCAACAAGAUGGAGUCCCUGAGUUUGACUUUACGCUGUAAUCAUCUUUCACUGGCAAAGUUUGAAAAAGAAGAAGAGAAAAAACUGAAUCGCAUCAAGGAAACAUUAGCUACACUGAACACCAAGAGCAACACAACCUUGACAAAUCUGAGUGAAGCAAUGAAAGAGUUUGAGGAACUACACACAUCUGUUCCUAAUGUCUUCCUUUCAUCUCUUGAUAUAGAGGGAUACAUUGAGCUGGAGGAAAAUUGCUGGGACGAAAUACAAUUCCUAUCUAUGGGACAGUUGAACAAAGAAAAAGAAGAAAGUGAUAGGGUAAAGGCACAGAAAGAAUUAGAAACAGAAACUGAGCGGGUCAGAACUGCGUGGGCAUCGCAGAAGGUGCAGCUGAGCAUAGCCCAAGGGACCCUACACAGUAAAGAGGAGGCACUCCGCUGGGUUCAAAGGACUAGAGAGGAGCAGGUGAGAAUUUUUGGAUUUCAUUUGUAGAGCAUAUUCACUUUAUGUGUGUGUGUGUGUGUGUGUGUGUAAAUAUAUAUGUAAUUUUUUUUUAAAAAAAUUCUGUUUUUAAUUAAUUUCUCAUUUGUUUCCCAGACAUGGGAUCCUCAGCAGAUCCCAUUACUAGAGCGUGAGAUUCAGACUCUAGAAGCAGAAGUGGAAUUCCUUCAGACAAACCGAAUUCCUGCUCUGGUUUGUGAAUCUUCCAUAGGACCAUGCCUGUCUGCUCAAAUGGAAUGGUUGAUGGUAGAGAAACAGAGAUUGACUCGGUUAGAGGAUGGCCAUGUUCCAUUGACAAGCGCGAUGCAUCAUCAACUGUCACGCCUUCAAUUAAUUGAAAGGGGCUUCUAUGAAGAGCUGAAGGUUCAUUCAUUUAUCUUUCAGGAGAUAAAGGUUGUUCAAGAAAAAAAUGCAACCAGGUUAAAUAAUUUGGAAAAGCAGCUCCAGGGCCCCAGGGAUCUAUGGAUGUCAUUACAGUUAUUGAGUCCUAUACGAAUUGCUAGCAAGGACCACACCGCAGUGAGGUAAUGAGUCGCAACGUAUCCCUGACACUCUCCUUUUUCAUGUUUUGACUAUUUCUCUAUUGCUUACACUAAACUUAUUUCCAUGUGUGCAGAGUCAACACAGUGAUUUUAGUUCAUUUUUGUUGUUGUUUAUUACCCUUUGUAAAAUCCAAUUUGCUCCAUCCUAGUGUGUAUCCCAGAUCUUCACUGAGUUUCUAUUCCCAGCUUUUUUUUUUUUUUGCCAGUCUCUCAGUCUGACAGUCUCUUUUUCCAUUUUAUUUUUCAGUGGGUUUUUAUCUGUCUCAUCCUGUAUGUUUCUCUGGUCUUUAACUCUGUAAUUUUUAUCCUAACUAGCAUUUUCCAUGUGUGGUGGCUGUGAAUUGUUCAUGUAAUGGUUCUGAGCAGUGUGAGGGGAUGUCUGUGAUUGGUCCCCACACAAACACUUUUAUUUUACUCCCCUGGUGUUACUGCACAAGCCAAAGUUAAAGACCCCACACUUCACUGCAUCGUUGAAGAGAAACCGUUCUAUUCCUGGAGAUCGUUUUAUAUCCCUGUCCAUGCAGCAGGUAAAUUAAACUUUAAUCAAACACUGUAAGCUCCUGCAUAUAGAAGGCUAUUAACAGAGCAGGAGGUAAGAAAUUCUAAAUUAAAUGGAAGGGAAGGAAGUGUAAACAUUAGAUCUCUCUUUACAGGAAGUGUUUAGGAAGGCUGUGUAAGUCACAUGCAGGGAGGUGUGGCUAGGGCUGCAUAAACAAAGUGAUUAACUCCUAGAUGGAAGAGAAUUGAGCAGUAAGACUGUAGGGACAUGAUCUAUACACACACAUCUUUUCAUAAAGCUCAAGUACUUGUGGUGAUCCUAAACCAUCCCACUGCCAUUUGUUUGAAUGUAUUUUAUUGUAUGUUUCCUAUUUGGCCAAAAACCUCAUAUUUGUAUUUGUAGCAAGAUGUUCGUCAUGUUUUAGUUUGCUUCUAUUUCACGAAAUUUUGAACUAAUCAAAUACAAAGUCAUGAAAUUGGCUCCAAAUUAAUUUUCACUGGGAAUCUGUCUUGCUCAGAUCAGGUUGAUUCAAAAAAAUAACUAUCAAGUCCAAUUUGUGCCUCUGAGAUUAGCAGAGAGUAAGUGGAUAAUAUUUCAAUGUAUUACAAUUCUUGUAAAUGUAAUGGGCAAUGGACACUUCCCUCGUUAUUUAAUGGUAUAUUUACUAAUAUGGAUUUGUGAAUAUGCAAUUUCAUCUUCAUUCCCUGUCAAUCAUUGUUACAAGCUCUGUCUUUUGUACCUGGCAGUCAGCAUUGAGAGAGUACACAGAAAUGAGAAGGAAAUGAAACAAUUGUUCGAAUUAUCCUCUUCAUUUGCAAUAUGUGCAUUUAUAAAGCAGUUUGCUAAAUCUUUUAUUCACAUUUUAAAAGAGAAUGGAACAUGCCAUGAAAAAGUAAAGAUCAAGUUAUAGGGGAUUUAUUAAUAUUUUACCCAAUGGUGUGAAUUCCAGAGAAGUGACUGUUUCCCUUUAAAUGAAUAUAAUCUGUGUAGAAAUGAGUUUAGCCUCCUCCCUUGACUCCAUUUCCCUAUAAUACUAACUAGUAGUCUGGGCCUGAAUGGUUAAUCAUUUUGCACAGAGCUCAGUAGUCAGGUUAGCAGAAACCGAUUCAAAGAACUGAAUGGUCUAACCCUUUUAAACAGACUAUUUAGGAAGUCAUUCGGCACCUAAUACUGACACCAAUAUUUUGUUUCAAUGUUUCCCUUUAAACCACCCCUAUUACAUCUAGCUCAUGAUGGCUCCAAAUUAAAUUGCACUCUCCAUAGUUACUGGCAGCAGCUGUUUUUUUAUUGCCUGUUACCAGCUGCCUAACUCUUUCGGCUUUUCUUUUUCAUAUAAGGUAAAGUGCAAAGUUCCACGUUUUAAGUCUGUCAAAUGUCCUUUCUAUGUCUCAUUUGGAAUUACUCACCUUGUGUCAGGUUUGCUGGCUGCUUCCCUCCUGUCUCCGGUGUUCCGUCCGACACUGCACGCUUGCACACAGCGUAUAUUUAUGUGCGACGGAAUUCGCCAAACCAAAUUCAGCACAUAAAUAUAAAGUUAGAGGUCAAACUGAAAAGGUCAAUUACUGUCCACAAAUUAUAUGUAAUUCCAAGCUGACCAACGGGAGAUAGGACCGCUAUAUGUAAAGUCUACUUGCUGUGAUUUGGUCUAUGUGUUUUGGUCCCCCGAUAAAGAUACCUUGUUUCUUUCUCUCUCGUAGGUUCUCAUCUAUGCUUAGUGAACCUACCAAUAAAAAGGAACUAUUUCCUAAAUAUGAUGUUUUGGGGAUGAAGGGGGCAUCUCUAAUACAUGAAUUAAUAUCCCUAAGAAAGGGUCUAAGAGCUACACUGCCGCAGAUAUCAAGCUUGGAAACGGAGUGCGAAAAACUCCAGCAAAGUCUGCUGCGUGGUACCCGGAAUCUGCAACUUCGAGACCCAGUCAGUGCUGUUUAGUAUUUUAACAAACGUGUAUUUUUCUUGCAAUCUUACUAGAGACCUGCAACAUGUGUAGUGUAUGUAUAUAGCUGUACUGACCUUUAUUGAUUAUUGGUAGGCAGAUAUCACAAUUUUAUUACCCGCAUUUGAGGUCCGUAUUCAACCCCAUUACAGCCUUUAAGUCAGUCUGUGGCACACCGUGGGUGGCUGGUGACGUGCUUGUUGAAACCCAUUGUAUGACAGUGUAAGGGGUCGUCCAAUGGGUCAGGACCUGCAGCACAUCAUCUCAGUGUGAGUUUCCUGUUCUGUAGAUCAUGCAUCAUUCUCCACUAGAUUUAAAGCUGAAUUAUACAAUCAGACGUGUACGUACGUAUAUAUUUUUGUUUGUCUGUAAAUGGUGAAUUUUAAUUUUUUUAGUUCUAUAUAAAUACAGAUAACACAUUGAAGAUUAAUUGACUGCAAUAUAGAAAUAGGUGUACUGGGGUUGGCUUUAAACAAAGGAUAAUAUUGGUGUGAAGACCCCAGUCUGACACUCCAUAGACUAAACAACUUUCAUCCAGCUACACUGAAGGCCUCUGGGUCUUGCCUCUUUUUAGUCUUUGUGCUGGUAUGUCCGUUCAUUCUUCGCAUGUUUCAAUCUCUUGUCUAUGCAGGCACUCACACAAUCAUUCGAACAGCUUUACGGGGCUGUCUCCCAGUUUAACCAGUGGUGUCUGGACUGUCUCCGGGAUAAAGAACGGAAGAAGCACAUUAUUCAGACCUCACGCCUGGAACAAGAGCGGAGACUGUAUGUCCUCUUUUACCGAGACCCUGCUCUCCUCGCUAGUACUGUAGAAGAACUUGAACAACGUGUGCACGAGUUGACAGUGGGAUAA